GUCGUCACUUCCGUUCCAAACCGGAUGACGGAAAUGGCGACAGUGUGAGCUUGUGUUGCGUCUCGUUUGUUUUUCCCUCAUUUUUCCACCAGCGCCAUGUCUAAAAGAAAGGUCACUUUUGAGGACGGCAAUGGGGAAUUCGAGUUGGAGGAGGAGGUGCCCAGCAAAAAGUUAUGCGAGGUUGUAGAAGGACCUGGUUCAAGGUUUAAGGGAAAGCACUCCCUGGACAGUGACGAAGAGGAUGAUGAAGAGGAGACCAAGACCAGCAAAUAUGACAUGCUGGCCAGCGACGAUGUGGAAGGCCAGGAGGGCGCCACGAUAGACUGCGACGAGGGGAUCCCCAUCACACCGUUCAACCUGGACGAAGAGAUGCAGGAGGGCCACUUUGACGCCGAGGGAAACUAUUACGUCAAGAAGGACGAGGAGAUCCGGGACAACUGGCUGGACAACAUCGACUGGGUGCGGAUCAAAGAGCAGCCGCUGAAGCAGAAGAAGAAGGGGCUCUCGGCCAAGCGGCGGCGCCGGGUGGGCGACGAAGACGAGGCCGAAGAGGAGAAACAGCGCGAGGAGAAGCGGGCGGGCGGCGACAGCGGCGGCGAGGAGACGGAGAUGGAGGCGGAGCCCGCCGAAGACCCGCUGGCGUCGUUCACGCAGCGGCAGCUGACCGAGGCCCUGGUGGAGAUGCUGUUGCCGGGGGAGACGGUCGCCGCGGGGCUCCGUCGGCUGGGGGGCUUGGCGGGGAGGAAGAAGGGGAAGCUGAGGGGGGACGACGACGGCGGCCGGGGGGAGGAGCCGGCGCUCCAGCGCGACACGGAGAAGCUGGACCGGCUCACGGCGCUGGCCGACCGGCUGGUGGCGUCGGGGAUGUUUGAGAUCUAUCAGCAGACUUGUGAGAAGCUGGCGUACCUCCUGAAGAGCCAGAAACUGUCCAGUAAAAAGCCCAAGCGGGGCGACGGCGGGGAGGACGAGGAGGCGGACGAACUCGACAUGUUUGGGGAUAAGUUCGACGAGAGUCACGGAGAGAAGGCCCAGGAGGGAGGGGAGGACGGCGACGAAGCAGCUCCCCAAGGAGUCAUGUGGGAGUACAGGUGGGAGAACGUGGACGGCUCCGAGCUCUACGGGCCCUUCAGCAGUCAGCAGAUGCAGGGCUGGGUGGAUGAAGACUAUUUCAAAGACGGCGUCUACUGUCGGCGGCUGGACCAGGAGGGCUCUCAGUUCUACAACUCCAAGAGAUUAGAUUUUGAGCUUUAUGACUAAAGUACCAUGGAUUCUAAAUGUACACGGAAUAUUUACACAGCAUCAUCAUCAAUCUCUGUAUCUUCUUAAAAUCUGUUUUGUUUUUUAAAUAAAUGACUUAAUUCGUCCUGUCAC